AUUAAGCUUUAAUCAAUCUCAGCGUUUUAAUUAAGCUUUGAAUGCUUUGACGGCGAAUUUGGUUUCUCCAGCCGGUUUCAGCGAUCUCUAUUAGGCUUUGAACCCACUUUCAAAGUUCUGCAACCGCUACUUCAGAUGGAACGGGGAGAGUCUUCCACUUCCAGAGCUAACAAAGAGCCAGGAAACCCAUUUCAUGGAAUUACGCCGCAAGCAUCUGCAUCAUCGUCAGCGGUCAUGAAGAAGGGGCCAUGUGAUGUGUUUAUUAAUCAUCGCGGUUGUGAUACCAAGCACAAAUUAGCCAGCACUAUCUACCACACCCUAGAUCUAAUUGGGUUACAUGCUUUUCUAGAUGAAGAAGAGCUGGAGUUGGGAGAUUCCAUACCAGAUGAGAUACAGGAGGCAAUGCGCACUGCCGCACUUCAUAUUGCUAUUUUUUCAGAGAGAUAUGCGGAAUCUCCAUGGUGUCUGGCCGAGCUAUCCUAUAUGCUCAAAACUGGCACUCCAAUUCUUCCUGUCUUCUAUCAUGUUAAGCCUGUUGAUCUCCGAUGGGUGGGAAAAGGGAAAGGGCCCUAUGCUACUGCGUUUUCCCAUCACAAAAGGAAACGCAGGUACCUCUCAAGCAUUCUGGAGGACUGGAAAGCGGCACUCGAAAGAGUCUCAAAUCUCUCUGGCCACGUGCUCAACAGUACUACUGGCGAUGAAGGGAUGCUGUUGAAGAGUAUAGUGAAUUCUAUUUUGAGAGUGAUGAAAAAAGAGCCUUUGGAGGUAGCCAAACAUCCAGUUGGAAUGGAUGAAAUAGUAGAAGAUUUUGAACACUAUAUUGAGAGUGAGCAGCAAGUACAAAUUGUGGGGAUCCUUGGGUUUGGCGGCUCUGGUAAAACUACACUCGCAACAGAGCUUUACAAUAGGAAAAGCUCUUCCUUCCAUCGCUUCAGUUUUCUGCAUGACGUGCGAGAUGCUGCUUCCAAAAACGCCUUGCAUACCAAGCAGAAGAUAUUGCUGCAGGACCUCCAUAUUCAAACUGCAUCAUUUGACAACGUGAAGGAAGGCAAGGCAAUUGUAUCAGAUCGGUUGAAAAGUCUUUGCACGCUUAUAGUUUUGGAUGAUGUAGAUCAUGAGGACCAACUCGAUGCUCUGUUGCCCCCAAAGCAAAGCCUCGGAUCAGGCAGUCUGGUGAUUGUUACAACACGUGAAGGGCACGUACUUGCAAAGUGGGGCAUCACAUCCAUUUACAAGAUAAAGCCGCUGGAAGAUUUUCAUGCCAAGCAGCUGUUCUGCUGGCAUGCCUUCUUACAGCCUUCCCCUCUAGAAGGCUUUGAAGAUUUAGUUGAAAAUUGCAUAGAUGCGUGCAAUGGUUUGCCUUUGUCUUUGAAGGUCAUUGGAGGACAGCUUUACGGUAAAAGGUCCAAGGAUUAUUGGGUUUCUCAGCUAGAUAAGUUUCGGAGAAUAUUGCCCAAGGAAAUUUUGGAGAGGCUGAAAGUCAGUUACGAUGACCUCGAUAAAGAGGACAAAGAAAUAUUCUUGGAUGUUGCUUGUUUCUUUAUUGGUGAAAGAAAAAGUACGGCAGUUGCCGUGUGGGAUGGUUCAGGCUGGAGCGGUACAUGUAGUUGGGAAACGCUUCACAACAAGUGUCUUGUUGAGAUUGUGGAGACGGACGGGGAAGAGUGUAUAAGGAUGCAUGAUCAUCUCAGGGAUUUGGGAAGGGAGAUUGCAAAGACACACUCAUCUCGAAUCUUUCGUGAGGACUCAUUAUCUCGAAUCUCUCGUGAGAAAAGAGGGUCGCUUAAUGGUAUAGGGGCUACAAGAGAUCGUAGGGUUAUAUUUAACAGUGGAGAAAAUGAUUUUACCGAAGAAGAAUAUGGGGAGCUAUCGAGAGGACUUUUGUGGCUUGGUUGUGGGAUUCGGCACCCAUGUGAUGUAUCUCGUUUCUCAUGGGAAAAUAUGAGAGUUUUAGAAAUUUGUCAUUUAGAGAGCUUGGAAACAUUGUGGGAGGACACACGUCCUCCUUUGCAAUUGAGAGAGCUGGAAAUUUGGGUUGCCCCUAAGCUCCAAAGUCUUCCCACAUCAAUAGCCCGUCUCAAGCAUUUGAAAAGACUAUCUUUAGGGUACCGUCGGUGCAUCACAAACAUCUAUCAAAGCUGUGUAUCGACACUACCGAGGUUAUCGAGCCUGCCAGAAGAGUUUUGUCAACUUCACUCCCUGGAGCAUCUGGUCUUGCGAGGAUGCGAUGGUCUAUCAAGUCUACCAAGCCGUUUUGGGGAUUUGGUGAACCUGUUGCAUUUAGAUUUGGGUUGGUGUAGAAGUUUAAAGAAGUUGCCCAAGUCUUUUAAGCAGCUGAUACACCUUGAAUAUCUCAAUUUAGAUGGUUGUAAGAGUUUAGAGAGUUUGGAAAACAUAACAAACCUCAAGGCCAUAUAUUUAUCAAAAUACUAUCACACAAACCUCAAGGCCAUAUAUUUUUCAGAAGAUAACCAGAUCACAAACCACGCUUCUGUGGGACAGCUCUCUUUGACUUUCCAUCACUACUUAGAUGAAUUACUACCUGUCAUUGGUCAACUCAGCAAUUUGAAAGAGCUCGAAAUUAAUUUGUGGAAAUCGUCGAUUAGUUUUCCAACUUUUUUGGGAAACUUAUCUAGCCUGACCGCUCUUAGGCUUGAUAACUGUACAGGUUUACAUGAGAUGCCGAGUUUGGCAGGAUUAGUUUCUUUGAAUGAACUUGUAAUCAAGAAUACCGAUGACUCACAGAAAAUAAUGAAAAUAGAGGGUUUAGAGCAUUUGACUUUACUGGAGAAGUUGGUUGUAUGGGCACAUUGGAUUGUACCUGGUAUACACGGUUUGCGGGACACGGAGAGGUUGCGGACGCUGAAUCUGAAAGCAGAGAGCAUAUCAGCUUUUGAAGAUUGUAUUCAAAGCAUAGAGAUGGAGAACUGGCCAUGGGAAACGACAAUAUGUGGAAGGCUCUUUACUCAUGCUCAGUCAAUUUUGGAUUCGUUCACUUUUCCUGGUCUUGCCGUGGUUGACUCAUUUGUCCAUCCAAUCAGACAGUGGGGUUUAUCAUGCCGAGAGACAAAUUUGUCCAAUGCCGCUGUGGUAUGUUAUCUUGUCAAAUGCCACGGUUGUUGUUCUAUAUGCAUUAGCGAAGGGGAGAGUACUUCAGUAGAUGUGGGUGAUGGAGAAUGGAUAGUGAUGUAUUUGUUCAGAGAAGUUUCCCGCCUUGUUGAGGACGGAGGGGACUGUCUUCAUGCAUCAAUAAAGGUAAGUCCACCGUAUAGUAGAUGGUCAAAUAGAGAACACCAGGCAUUGGGUGGACGGUUAAUGAUCGGAGAGAGGGGCCGAGUUGUUGAAGGUUUUAAGAAACUCUUCCAAACUCUUUGCCUAUCCCAUCUAGCCUUGACUUGCUCAUCUAGUUGCUAAUGUAUUCUUAUAUUCCAUUAAGUAUUAUAUGUUGUCA